UUAAAAGCUUUGUUUUACUUGUUGUUUGAAUUCCUUGUUAAUAAUUAAUCACAAUAAGAUCCCCGACUAAAAUAUAUAAAUCAAUAAAAUUGUUUAAACGCAGUAACGGACGAAAAGACAGACAAACAAAGCCAGACAACCACCAAGUUUUUUCACCAAAAUGCACUAAAAAUGUAAACAAGGUUUAGCUAAGCCAAAUAGACCUUCCAAGGAAGCUUAUUGAUUUUUGUGGAAAGUCUGUGAAAAAGACCGCAAGCGAAAUUGUGAAGCCCCCGAUGGAUGGCACACAAGCCAUGACAACCAGCAACGCAACACAAGGCCACUCAAAGCCGCAAUUCGCUGCUCACGAGACAAAAGUGCAACAGAAUGAACCUGAACAGGCAAAGUACUAUUGCGGGCGCUGCGAAGGCUGGUAUUUGGACGAAAAAACGCUCAUUGAGCAUGUUAACAUGUAUCACGAGUACUGGUGCACGCUCUGCCGCGAACAAAUCCCAUCGGAGACGGAAUUGAAGCAACAUUUGUGCUCCGUGCAUUGCCAGCAAAAUCGGUGCAGCAGUUGUCGGAUCAUGUUCAUAUCGCCAAUGAGUGCCAUGAAGCAUAUGCUCGAAAAACACAGCGAAAUCAAGGACAAAGUGACGCCGGUUGCCAAGCAGCUCAAAGAAAAUCAACAGUAUUCGUUGUCAGAUGCCGCCGCCCGAGAUCCCGAACAGGAUUAUUUGUGUGGCCGGUGUAACGUGAAAUUUGCCAACAUUCCUGACACGGCAAAGCACAUGCUAAAAGUGCACAGAAUUAAGAUUGGAGUACGUAAAAACCCAAAAACCGGCAAGGAGGAAAUUUUUAUGAACAACAUCAAAGGAAAAAGUGUCAAAAAGCCUUCGUCUUCUUCGUCGUCGCCAUCAAAGCACGCGUUAAAUCCUCAAAGAGUGUUACUGAAUGGCGGUGAAAUGAUGAUCGCCCCAACAAAAAACGGUAGAAAUGGAAUGCCAUCCACGUCGAACGGAAAUUCAUUGCCAUCCACAUCCUCGUUCAGUCAUCCGGACUCUCUUAGUUUGCCGAAACUUAGCAAUCCACCUCCAAUGACACACAUUAAUCAAAUGAACGCCAAUCAUUCCGUGAAUCGUGUGACACUCGUGAACAACAGUCAAUUCAACAGCUCGGGACCAAAUGGAUUUCGCCCGUUAUUUGUGUCGACACCUGCACCCUUGAAACUUCAAAAGCCCUCGGAAACUCCAAGACCGUGCGAUUAUUGUGAUAAAAUGUUGGGAUCUGCCUUCUCUCUGAAACGUCAUUUAAAGAACGUACAUAAAAUGUAUACCCCAUAUCAGCAGCUGCAGCAGCAGCAACAACAACAACAACAACAACUGCAACAAAUUACACCUAAGAUCGAUCGAGUACUUUCCCCUAGCGAAAUUGAGCCUUUUGACGCCCAAAAUUCAUCCAUGAUACAAACUAAUCCAACGCCGGAAGUCGUGUCGCCGACAAACGAACCUCCCGUAGAAUCACAAGCCUUAACGAAUCACAAUGACACAGAUAGCUUAGAUACGGUGCAUGUCGAAGUGGAGGAGAACGGCGACGAAAACGAUGACGACGAAAUAGAAAUUAUUCUGCCGAGCUCGGCAACCGAACCACCUAUUGAAGUAGAUGACGACGACAGCGAUCUCGAGCUGACAGUCAUCCGGGAGCCAGACCGAACCGUAACCCCACAGCAACAGUCACAGCCACUGUUUUACGUACGAGCACAACCCUCGAGUCAGUUUCUGCAGAAUCUGGCGCGAAAAAGACGACCUGGAGACGUAGAUAAAGCCGAUAUUGCCGCGAAAUUGCAAAAACUGAACGGACAUCUGGCGCUACAACAAAGCAUUGCACCCCCUAGAAGAUAAUAUUCGAAUAGCAAUCCUUUUUAAAAAAACAAAUUAAACCAAAUUCUUAUAUUUUUAUGAUUAAAAAAAAAUAAUA